AUGGUCAAAAUCUCUAAACCGCUAGAUCGUGUUCCAAAUCUGCUUCGAAGAAAAGUGACCAAUUCGGAUAAACGCCACGUGAAACCCGUUCUGGGACGUCGCCAUCGGAAACCGGCUGCACAUCAACGACGGCCCAGGGAUGAUAACCGUAUAAGCGGUAGAAUAGUUUUGCUCGACGCAUGCAACAUCGGAUAUGGCCAUCCGAACCAGCGUGGUUUCUCGAUCGAAGGUCUUCGAAUUGCGAUUCAAUAUUUUUUGGAUCGAAAUUUGGAAACAUAUGCCAUGCUACCGAAAUUCCGACUAAAACCGGGCAAAUCUACGGAUUCUGGCUUACUGAAUAUAUUGUUCAAAAAUGGACGAUUGAUUACCACUCCGUGCAAGGAGUUUCCGGUACGGGCAAUGUGCUACGAUGAUCGGUUUAUGUUGGAGAUAGCAGCCCGAUUUAACUGUGCUGUUGUUUCCAAUGACCAAUACCGUGAUAUCAUGAACGAGAAACCAGAAUGGAGGGAGGUGGUUGAUACUCGAAGGAUUCCGUUUCAGUGGUAUGGAGAUACCUUUACAAUUUAG